AAGGCCUGUAAUGGGUACAUGCUAUUUAAGAGUGCACGUUCUAAAUCUGUCUUUUGGAUUUAGUGAUUAUCAACAUGGAUAUUAAUGGGAUACUAAGUGGAAAUCAGAUUGAUAUCCUCUCUGACGUAUACAUAGUAUUACUUAUUCUCAGUGUAGUUGGGAGUUUUUCGGUCCUGGUAGUUUCCAUCUUGAGAUGGAGAAAUAUAAGGGAGCAAGUACACCUACUGGUGCAGCUUGCUCUGGCAGACCUGUUGGCCGCUCUGGUCCUGAUGUCCACGAGUAUCAUGAACAAAUUUCAAAUGGACAGGAGCGUGAUAAUCUGCCAGUACCUGCUGCCUCUGUCACUGACAUUUUAUUUCAUAUCAUUUUUACUGGUGGUUGUUUACGCCUGGAAGUCGAAGACUGCUAUCCAAGGCUGGAGGGAAAGAGCAGCAAACGAUGAGGAUGGGCAGAGUCACUGCAGAGGGAAAAUAGUAACUUUACCUGUCUAUGGUGUUGUCUGGCUUAUCCCACUGGCAAUUUACUUAACCUAUGUGCUCACUCCUUUAAUAACAACUGCCAUGGUGAUUCCAAUGGGUGGCAUCCCACUUGCCCAGAAUGAAAGUACUUACUGCACCAGCUGUAUUUUGUUCCUGCAUGUCUGGAGGGAUCCCUGCUCAAAAACUGAGAUAAUCCAUGACACCUUCAUCCGACUUUUCCUCUUCUUAGUAGUGAUACCAGUGAUGUUAUCCUGCUCUGUUAUUUACUACAAGGUUGGGAAGUGGUAUGCAAGGCAUGAGCACGACAGGCUUUUUCCUGUGGAGGGAGAUGGACGUUCAACAAGGCGAGUCAAAAAAGUGAUUUCCACAGCGCGGAAUAUGGUGAUGGUCAUUAUAAUCUGUUGGACACCAGCUCUUUUCCUCAUUUUACUGUCUACGCUCAUGAUCUGGACAAAAAUCGAGCAGCGUAGUUUAUUUGGCCUUUAUAUGGUCCAGGCUGCCACCGUGUCCCUCCAAGGUUUCCUUAACAGUAUGGUCUACGCAUGGAAACGACCCAACUUCACAGAGGCUGUUUUCGGGGAAAACACACCUCUGGUGGCACACAACCAUAUGGCCUUCUUUGAUGAGUCAUUAAGGACUUCUGCCUAAUUGAUGAAACACUGGAUGAUUAAUGGGUUUCGGUUUCAAGAAGAGAAAACUCACACCUCAUGGCAUCAUUGCAGUCACUACUGAAAAACUGAAACUAAUCUCACUUGUGGACUAAAUAUGAAGAAACUGGAGAAGAUGAAGGAGACACAAGGGCUACUUAAAAAGUUAAGUUAAAAAAAAAAAACUUUUUUCUAUAGCAGCUGCUUUGUAUUUAGUGUCUUAAAUAGCCAUAAUGAUGUAAAUCUUGGCUCUAAUGAGUCUGGAGUUCCAUUUAUAAAAUAUCUGUUAUUUUACUGCUUUUUCAAAGAUUUUAAUGAUAUCCGAGAACAUUGAGGAUUCAUUUUUGUGUGAUUUUUAUUUUAUUUAUUUGUUACGAUUAAUUAUGUUUCUUCCACCUAUAUGUUUUUUAACCAGC